AUUGCCUAACUUUCUUUCUUUCACUUUAUAUAUACAUUAUUUAUGAAAAACGCAUUUUAAAGCAUUGUUUAUGGUAUAAAAAAACAAUGAUUUUUUUUAGAAAAUUAUUAAUUGAUUAAUGAGACGAAGAAAGAUGUUUAGAACGUAAUCAUAUCAACGAGGUGGCAACUAUAGAAUAUUCAUUUUGUUGCAUGAAAAAACUUACUCAUAUUAUUCCAUAAAGUAUUUUCCUGCUGCUGGCACUAGAUAGUUGUUCGGUGUUUUGAGCGGAACCAUUUUAUAAGUUUUAAUUAUAAUAUAGUUACGAAUAUAUACUAUUUAAAGUAAUAAUACGACUUUUGGACAGAAUGGCUUCCUGGUCUACGUAUUUAGUCGUUCUUUUUUUGGCCGCUGUUAAUGCUGAAAUUUACUUAAAUGAAAAAUUUGACACCGAUGCAUGGGAAAAUGAUUGGGUGUACAGCAAGCAUCCUGGAAAAGAAUUUGGAAAAUUUGUAAGAAGUUCUGGAAGUUUCUACAAUAAUAAAGAAGCCGAUACCGGUAUUCAAACGUCACAGGAUGCCAGAUUUUAUGCAAUCUCGAAAAAAUUUGAACCAUUUUCAAAUGAAGGCAAAACCUUAGUUAUACAGUUUUCUGUAAAACAUGAACAAAAUAUUGAUUGUGGAGGCGGAUACCUUAAAGUAUUUGAUUGUUCUUUAGAUCAAAAAGACAUGCAUGGAGAGUCUCCAUAUGAAAUUAUGUUUGGACCUGAUAUAUGUGGACCGGGAACUAAAAAAGUGCAUGUUAUAUUUAGCUAUAAAGGAAAAAAUCAUUUAAUUAAAAAAGAUAUCAGAUGCAUGGACGACAUUAAUACCCAUUUCUACACACUUAUUGUAAAACCUGAUAACACUUACGAAGUAUUAAUUGACGGUGAUAAAACAGAAUCUGGAAAUUUGGAAGAAGACUGGGACUUCUUACCACCAAAAAAAAUUAAGGAUCCCAGCGCGAAAAAACCUGACGAUUGGGAUGAUAAAGCCACGAUACCUGAUCCUGAUGAUAAAAAACCGGAGGACUGGGACAAACCAGAGCAUAUUGCUGAUCCAGAUGCAACUAAACCUGAAGAUUGGGAUGAUGAGAUGGAUGGUGAGUGGGAACCACCAAUGAUUGAUAACCCUGAAUAUAAAGGAGAAUGGCAUCCAAAAACACUUGAUAAUCCAAAUUAUAAAGGUGCCUGGGAGCAUCCAGAAAUUGAUAAUCCGGAAUAUAUGCCCGAUAAUAAUUUAUAUUUACGUAAAGAAAUAUGUAUAGCUGGCUUUGAUUUAUGGCAAGUAAAGUCGGGAACUAUUUUCGAUAAUGUUUUAAUUACCGAUGAUGUUGACGCCGCAACAAAAAUUGCAAGUUCCGUAAAAUCAACCCAAACAGGUGAGAAGAAAAUGAAAGAAGCUAUGGACGAAGAACAAAGAAAAAAAGAUGAAGAAGAAUCUAAGGCAAAUGAGGAUAAAGAAGACAAAGAUGAUGAAGACGACGACAAUGAAGAUAAAGAUUUUAAGUCAGAUAAUGAUCAAUCAAGUGAACAUGAUGAAUUAUAAUUCUUCUAACAUGAAGACAAUAAAGUGAAUGAUGAAGAUGAAAGUACUGUUUAAAGUA